AUGGCUUGGCGUGGCUCGAUUUCCCGAUCGCUCAUGUCCACCGCUAGGGCUUCCGCAUUCCGCUCCUCGCCGCCACUCUCCGCCCCCCGCCGCCUGCGGACUCCUUCCUCUCUCCCCAAUUCGCGCCGUUUUUCGUUCUCCAAUCCGAGGACAUUAGGUGAGCUUGGUUGCACUCAAUCACUAAUGCCGCUGAAUAGUAUGGUGACGGGUGCAAGGCUGACUUCACACUUGGCUGUCAACAUGCGGGCUUUUUGUGAGCUGUCCCAUGGUACCUUCUGCCGUUCUUGUCAGGAUCGCUAG